AUGACGGACGAACAAAAGGUCUUCAUCCCGCCCAAGCGGGUCAAUACAGACUAUCCAGUUAUCGACACAGAUCCCCAUUGGAGACGAGCAUUCGGAUAUGCGAGGACCGCAGAUUGGGUGUAUGGAGCUGGAAUGGCAGCUAUAGCACCAGCAUUCAUGCUCACGACGGAACGAUACGCCCCUUCAUUUUCCGGCAGGGGUGCCUUCGGCCCUGUAUUCAGACUCAGUUGUGCUAUUGGUUUAUUAGCGGGAGCGGCAUUGGUGUAUCAGAGGAGUUGCAUGAGAUUCUACGGAUGGUCGGAAAAUGAACGAGAGGUCAAGAUGGACAUGAGGGAAAUGGUGGAUAAAGUUAAAAAGGGGGAGCCCCUAUACGGAAAAUCGGAUCUCACUCCCUACAUGCAAGGUGUUGCCGCACGCAACAGCAGAUAUUCGGCUCUGAUGCUAAACAUUGUACCGUGGGCCAACUUUGCCAACCACAACCAGGCAAGUCCAAUACCUCAUGGCGUUGAUACAGCCAAAUAUUACCAACAGGCUGAACGAGAGCUGGAAGCCGAGAGAUUAUCCAAAGGUGGUCAGCGAGGACGAUAA